AUGGCUGAAACCAAAGAGUACAUUGAUCUCCCGGACUGUGAUUUCGAAGGUAUGCUUGAACUGUUGCGUUAUAUCUACACUGAUGAAGUUCACCUGAAUGGAAACAAUGUAAUGGAAGUGUUGUAUCUGGCCGAGAAAUACUUCAUUCCUAGCCUAGCCAGUGAAUGUACUGAUUUCUUAGGAAGGAAUCUAGAUUUUUCAAACCUCUUUUGUGUCUUGCACCACGCUCAACGCCAUGAAAAGAAAGAUCUUUUGCGUUCUUGCUGGGAUUUGAUUGACAAAGAGACGGAGAAGGCCUUGAAAUCAAGCGAAGUUAUGACUGUGGAGAGAUCGAUUGUAGAGCAGUUAGUGAAAAGAGUGACAUUGAAUGUCAGAGAAGUGGAGUUGUUUAAAGCCGUAGACUGCUGGGUAAAAAGAGAAUGCAAGAGGAGAAAACUUGAAGAAGCAGACUCCGUCAAAAGACAAGUCCUCGGGGAGGAGAUCGUAAAAAACAUUCGUUUCCCAAUCAUGACACAGAAUGAAUUCAUGGAUGUUGUCCCUAAAAGCAAGAUAUUAACACCAGAAGAGACAAACAUGAUAAUCAACUAUUUCAGUGGCACUGUGACCUCAGCAGUUGGGUUCCUUCAUGAUCAUAGGUUGGGUCCUCCUUUACGAUGCUGUAGAUUCUUGGGUUUUAACCAUCGCAAGUACAUUGAUGCUGAACUUGGCAUUGACGACUGGCUGCCAUUCACAAUUGACAAGGCCAUAAUGUUGCAUGGUGUCAGUCUUUUAGGCAAUGAUGGUGGAGAAUUUGCAGUGACCGUGCAAGUGUCAUUUUUUGCCGAUCCAGAAGAUGAUGAAGGUGAUGAUGGUGAUAAUGAUAAUGACAAUGAUGAAGAAAUAGUUAUUGCAUCCACAUCUGGUACUUAUAUUUCAGGGAGGAGAGAGAAUGGACAAGAAUUUCAUUAUGGCUAUGAUGUUAAAUUUGAUGAGCCAGUUGAUUUAUUUGAAGAUUUUCUGUACUUCAUUAGUGUAACAGCAGAUGGUCCUGGUCAUUGCCUUGGAGGAAACAAUUCUAUUCCGGUUAGCAUUUCAGGAGUUGAAUUUAAUUUCAACCCUCAUUUGGAUGAAGAUGUGCCAGAUAGUGUGUGUGCAGAGCUCUUAUUCAAGGUCACAGAAUGA